AUGAUCACGAGACGAUUAGCGAGGCCAUUGGGCGCCUUCACAUCCAGCAGCUGGAUAUGCCCCUCCUGUACACGAGCCUCCCUCCUCCAACAGCGCAUCGCCGAGCAAAGACGAAGACGACAUGACGUCCCCAAACUCCAAGAAUACGACCAGACAUUCCGAGAUGAGGGCGUUCCCGGCCUGUUCAGCCCAACCGGUUUCGAGAUAGGAUGGAAGCAGUACCAAGGCAUGAUCGUUAAGAAGCUCAACCAACUCACAGCCGGCGAGCCCUUCGAAAACGACAACCCUAAACAACUCGUCACGCAAUUUGCUCGCGACCCCUCCGCCGCCAGCCUCUUCAAUCACGCCAGCAUGGCGCACAACAACCACUUCUUCUUCUCCGGCCUCAGCACCUCCCCCGUAAACCUCGACGACCUCCCCCAGCUGCGCGACAACCUAGAAGACACCUUCGGCAGCAUCGACACCUUACGCACCACCAUGCUCGACACCGCCGCCGCCAUGUUCGGGCCCGGCUUCGUCUGGCUCGUGUGGGCGCGCAAACAGGGCAGCAUCAAGCGCGGCGAAUGGCGCAUCCUCACCACCUACCUCGCCGGCACCCCCUAUCCAGAAGCCGGAUUCCGACACCAAGGCAUCGACACGAAUGUCAGCAACGCGCAAAAGUACGAGGAAUACAUGGCCGGGGAGCCGGCGAACACGGUCGGGUACAUGGGCCCGGCGAGUAAGAGUGGGAGGGAGAAUGCGAGUAUACCGCCCGGCGGCACGUCGUUGAUGCCGGUGCUGUGUGUGAAUACGUGGGAGCAUGUGUACAUCUACGAUUUCGGGCUGCCGGGGAAGCUGAAUUACCUGGAGACUUGGUGGGAUGCAAUUGAUUGGAAGGUGGUGGAGCAGAAGACCCCGCAGGAGGCUUUUAGGGACUUUGAGGGGGCACCGAGUAGGUAUGGGAGUGGGCCACGGUCUUGA